ACUGUUCAGUACGCGCUUAGCUCAACGAUUAUAAAACGUAAUUAAAAAACUGUGAGUGCACAUUGUAUAGUUUAGAUCGAAGCGUCGUUAAAAUAUUGUUAUCUACCUCUCUAUUAAUUAUACCAGUUUAAUACGGAUCUAUUUAGUUUUGUGUAGUCCAUAUUUGUGUAAAGAUUCAGUUUUAUUAAAAAUAUUUUUCGUACAUAGUUUCUGAGUGUGUUCACUCAAUAAAUACAAUAUUGAUACACCGUGUGUGUUUGUGGUGAUUCAGAUGUAAAAAUGAGUUUGAACAAAGCGGAAAAAGACGUGAAUGGUGUUAGAGACAGCCCUUGUUACUUCUGCAAUGACUUAUUCGAAAUGGGAAAAUUACAAAGCCAUUUGAAGCAAUGUGGCAGCAUUCUGGAGCAGUGCCCGCUACGCUGCGGGGCCUGGAUCCAGAGGAAACACAAGGAUACUCACGUUAAGGAGUGCCCGAAGAUGGACAAGAGACACAACGCCUCAUCACCAACUCAUGUACGGGUGAUGGACCCAUCACCACCUGUCUGCAACCACACUUGGACUCCGAAAUCCGUUCCCCUAGAGGAAUGUGUAACAUAUAUUGAGAAGGAACUUGCAGCUGUUAAAUUAGCCUUAACGGAAGAAUCUAGCUACCGUGAUGUGCAGUCAACAGAAUUGGAGACGCUUCGAUCCAAGCUCGUGCUGGUGGAUGAGAGGUCCCAGCACUUUCUCUCAACCCUGGUGUCACUGCGGGCUGCAGUGGAUGACGAGGCGGAACGAUCAGCUAACUGGGCGGCACAGUUCAAGCAUGAUAUGGCGAAUGUUCAGCUAGCUUUGCAGGAGCUGCAAAGUCAGCAGCUGACCACAGUGAUGCGGUUGGAGAAUGCCAUCAGCAGUCUGGUCCACGAGCAGAACGAGAGAGAGCUGUUGGAGCAGGCCCUGACCCAGCACGAUAAUAGAAUUAGAUCUAUGAAUAAACUUGAGGAGGUAAUUGAUUAUAUAAGGCAAUCUGUAGAUGAAGAGAGACAACGCAAUGAAGAAAACAGAGCGGCUUUAGAAGCCGAAUUAAUAGAGGCAAAAAGAUCAUCCGAGCAGGUUUCACAACUCGCUUUAUUAAGAAUGCAGCUCCAAAAUGCAACAGACUCCGAAAACCCAGCACUAGAUCGUCUCGCAGUUUUAGAGGUUGCUACUGCAGACGCACGAGCUGAAGCCUCAGAACAAUUAUCCAGAAUGGACUUGGUAGCCAGAGAUCUACGAGCACUCACCAAGAGCUACAGCAAAUUAAGAACAGAACUAGCUGACUUUCAGUCGAGAGUCACUUUGGAUCAUCCUGAAAGUGGAAGUCAUGAUGGUCACUUAAUUUGGAGAAUCGACAAGUUUUCAUCGCGAAUGAAGGAGUCAAAAGAAAAAGACAUGGUACUUAGCAGCCCUCUCUUUCGCACCAGCAAAUAUGGAUAUACGUUAAAGGCUGAAGUUCAUCUGAACGGGAUAGGCAAGUGGAAAGGUCGUCAUAUUACGAGCACAGUGCGGCUGGUGGCUGGUCCCUACGAUCCGCUAUUAGAGUGGCCCUGCGAUCUCAAUGUUAAUAUUGUGUUGAAAGAUCAGCCAGCUAAUAGAAACCAGGCAAUGGACAUUGUGAAAUCAUUGGAACUGCGCCGCAAGUCCUCAUCGAGGCGUCACGACCACGACGCAGAAGAAAUGAGCAAGUCCACAGAGAGCUUGGACCAGACCGUCAUCCAGAUGAAGAGGCAAUACAUCUUCGUACCACACACUAGCUUGGACAAGUUCGAAUAUAUCAAGAAUGACGUCAUGUUCUUAGAGUUUAUCGUAAGCCAGUAAAUGCUUAUUAAUAAUUAUAAACGUUAUCGUUUUUUCUUUAAGUAUAAUGCAUUCCAAUAAGAGUGAGUAAUCACAUUAUAAUGCCGCCUCUUCACAAUCGGCGAUUAAAGGCGAUUACACGCGAGCACCUUCGUGUGGAGGGCUUAUUCGCUUCUAGUCGCCGAUCACCGUCUCUAAUCGUCAUAGUGAUCGCGGCGAUCGGUGACCUUUCGGUUUGUCGGGCACGCAUCAAAGGGAAUUCGCGUGUAGUUUCGUGCGCGUGCUCACACGAUCGCCGAUUAUUCAUUCACUCGAGGACACUGGACAAGCCGUACCGUGUACUUCGCGGCGUUGUUUUGUUUUCCUUUUAUUGACAUAGCGCAAGUACGAUACAAUGACUACUGAGUGGUCAAAUGAUUGUAUACUGAAAUUGAAUGAUAGCAGCAGCUAUACACUUCACGUCCAUCUUGAAGGAUUGUCGCUCAAUAAAUGAUGACGGACGAUCGUGUGGAUGCUUACACGACGAUUAACUUGCCGAUAACAGAUGAUCAUACAAGUAACGAUCAUCGCCGAUAGUGGAGAGGAGGCUUAAUAUUUUCCAAUAACUCGAUUAUUAAGAUAAUGUGACUUUUUAGGCAAACCUCCUUUAUUGUUUUCUCUAGUGAUGUUAGAGAUUAUGGGAGGCGGUGAUCGCCUAUCAUCAUAACCCAAACAUGACAUUAUAUUAUUUAUAUUAAGUACAUUUUGAGCUAACUAAGACACUAACUUCGUAAUUUAACUAAUAAAAUUUUAUAAGAAAAAUCUUUGUCCGCGAGCGAUUUUUUGGUAAGAAAAAAAUCUUACGGGUUCGCAUCACGGUAGGCCUCCUGACCGUAGAUAGUAAUAUGUAUAGAUAAUAAUAAUACUUAAUUACUUAUUUUUAUGUAUUACAUAAAUAAUGUUCAUAAAACUUGAAUAUUACAUUUUAAUUAUAUGUUAAUAAAAUAUUUUCUUAUAAAAAUUGCUUCUAAAAUAUUUCUUAUCAAACCAAAAAUAAUGCCAACUUUGUGAAGCUAAAACGUUUUCACUUCUGACGUGCGGUCCCAUAUAUGAAUGUUGUUUUAUAUUAUUUUAAGUAAGUUUAUUAUAUUUAUCAAUAUUGUUAUAAGUAUUUUAUAAUAACAGAACUAAUGUACAUAUUCUACGAAAAUGCCAAGUUUAUCUGCAGUUCUGAAUCCAAAGCACAAACCGCACGUUUUGGGCUCAAUAAUUGUAAUACCUUCAAUAAAUAUUUUGAGUAAAUAUUGUUAUUAUUAUAGUACGUAGUUAAUUGUAUUAAAAAAUCCGAGCUUUUCUUAUGG